CACACCGCGUCUUGUCACCGACCAUCACCAUCCAGCCAUGGUCUGGAUCCCGCCGCCCUCCGUGGCGGCAUUGCGACACGCGCAGCGCAUUGCGCACUCCUGGCAGCGUGCUGGGCUGACCUGUGGCCGCCGCGCGCUUCACACGUCGGCCAAGGUGUGCGAUGCGACUAGCUCGGGUCCCACCCUUGAGAGCACGCCCUACUCCUCUCUCAGCGUCGGCGUGCCGAAGGAGGUCUUCCCCAACGAGCGACGCGUCGCGCUCACCCCCGCCAACGCCGCACUGCUCCGGAAGAAGGGCUUCAAGCAGGUCCUGAUCGAGCGCGGCGCGGGUGCUGAGGCCCAGUUCACUGACGCCGCAUACGAGGCCGCUGGCGCGACCCUCGUUGGCCGCGAUGAACUAUUCUCUGGUUCGGAUAUUACUCUCAAGGUUCGGCCUCCCCUCAAGGGUGAGGAGGACGCGCGGUUGAAGGAAGGAAGCACGUCGAUUUCCUUCCUCUACCCGGCCCAGAACCCCGAUCUCGUAAAGACGCUUGCGGAGCGCAAGGUCAAUGUAUUCGCUAUGGACAUGAUACCCCGUAUCUCGCGCGCACAGGUCUUCGACGCACUGAGCUCUAUGGCCAAUAUCGCAGGAUACAAGGCAGUGUUAGAGGCCUCGAACCACUUUGGUCGUUUCUUGACAGGUCAAAUCCCUCCCGGCAAGGUUCUCGUCAUCGGUGCUGGCGUCGCUGGUCUUAGCGCUAUCGCAACUGCUCGUCGUCUUGGUGCCAUCGUCAGAGGCUUCGAUACCCGCUCGGUCGCUCGUGAACAGGUACAAUCGCUUGGUGCAGAAUUCCUCGAGGUCUCCGUCCAGGAAGAAGGCGGCGGAGGCGGAGGCUACGCAAAGGAAAUGUCGAAGGAGUUCAUCGAAGCGGAGAUGGCUCUCUUCAUGGCUCAGUGCAAGGACGUCGACAUCGUGAUCACAACGGCACUCAUCCCCGGCAAACCCGCUCCGAAGCUUAUUACGGCCGAGAUGGUGGCCGCCAUGAAGCAGGGGUCCGUCAUUGUCGACCUCGCCGCCGAAGCAGGCGGCAACUGCGCCCUCACGAAGCCCGGCAAGCUCAACGUCGUGAACGGUGUCACCAUUGUCGGCUACACGGACCUACCCUCGCGCCUCCCGACCCAGUCCUCGACCCUAUACUCGAACAACAUCACCAAGUUCCUCCUCUCCCUCGGCGGCGACGGCAAAUUCGCGAUCGAUCUUUCAGAUGAGGUCGUCCGCGGCUCGCUCGUGGUGCACAAGGGGCAGAUCCUCCCACCCGUCGAGCGCAAGCUGCCCCCGCAGCCGACCCCGCGGCCGACCCCGUCCAAGGAGGAGGUCGCGGAGAGCAAGGCGCUCACCCCCUGGCAGCAAGCCACGCGCGAGGUCGCCGCCGUCACCGCGGGCAUGGGCGGCGCCGUCGGGCUCGGCAAGGCCACCGGCGCGGCCUUCAUGGACAACUUCUUCACCUUCGGCCUCGCGAGCCUCGUCGGCUACCGCGUCGUGUGGGGCGUCGUGCCCGCGCUGCACUCGCCGCUAAUGAGCGUGACGAACGCGAUCUCGGGCGUGGUGGGGAUUGGGGGGCUGUUCAUCAUGGGUGGGGGGUAUCUGCCGGGGACGGUGCCGCAGGCGUUGGGCGCGCUGUCGGUGCUGUUGGCGAGUGUGAAUGUGGCGGGUGGGUUUGUGAUUACGAAGAGGAUGUUGGAUAUGUUUAAGCGUCCUACCGAUCCGCCCGAGUACAAUUGGCUUUACGCGAUCCCUGCGACAGUGUUCACGGGCGGCUUCUUGGCUGCUGCGAGCACGGGCAUGGCUGGUCUGGUGCAAGCGGGCUAUCUGACUAGCAGUCUGCUUUGCAUAGGCUCCUUGACCGGCCUAUCUGCGCAGGCGACCGCUAGACAUGGCAAUAUCCUCGGCAUGCUCGGCGUCGGCUCGGGCAUCCUCACUUCCCUCGCGGCGGUGGGCUUCCCGCCUGAGGUUCUCGUACAAUUCGCAGCCCUUGCCGCCAUUGGAGGGACCUUCGGCACCAUCAUCGGACGCAGGACGUCCGCAACAGAGCUCCCGCAGAUGGUCGCAGCUCUUCACAGCGUCGUCGGCCUCGCCGCCGUCCUCACCUCCAUCGGCUCCGUCGUCGCCGACCCCGCGCACGCCUCCACCCUCCACCUCGUCACCGCCUACCUCGGCGUCGUCAUCGGCGGCAUCACCUUCACCGGCUCCAUCGUCGCCUUCCUCAAGCUCGCCGCGAAGAUGUCCUCCCGCCCACUGGCCCUCCCCGGCAAGCACCUGAUCAACUCGGGUAUCCUGGGCUUGAACGCGGCGACGAUGGCGGCGUUCAUUGCGAGCGCGCCCGCGGCGCCUGUGACGGCGGCGGCGUUCUUGGGCGCGAGCACGUUGUUGAGUUUCAUACAAGGGUUUACGACGACGGCGGCGAUUGGGGGCGCGGAUAUGCCUGUCGUGAUUACGGUAUUGAACGCGUAUUCGGGCUUUGCGCUGGUUGCUGAAGGCUUCAUGCUGGACAAUCCAUUGCUCACAACUGUCGGUGCGCUCAUCGGGACCAGUGGUUCUAUUCUGUCAUACAUCAUGUGUGUUGCGAUGAACCGGUCGUUGACGAACGUCCUAUUCGGCGGCAUAACACCCACUGCGCCGCAAGCAGACGCAAAGAUAGAGGGCGUCAUCACGAAGACCUCGGUGGACGAUACGGUGGAGGCUUUGUCGAAUGCGGAGAACGUUAUCUUGGUUGUCGGCUACGGGAUGGCUGUCGCGAAGGCGCAGUACGCCAUCUCUGAGAUAUGCUCUAUGCUGCGCUCGAGGGGCGUAAACGUGCGGUUCGCCAUCCACCCCGUGGCCGGACGCAUGCCAGGGCAAUGCAAUGUGCUGCUCGCUGAGGCGUCGGUGCCGUACGACAUCGUCCUCGAGAUGGACGAGAUCAAUGAUGACUUCAAGGAGACCGACGUUACGCUCGUCAUUGGUGCCAAUGAUACCGUCAACCCGAUCGCGCUCGAGCCAAACUCCUCUAUCGCGGGCAUGCCCGUCCUCCACGCUUGGAAAUCUAAACAAGUCAUCGUGAUGAAGCGCGGCAUGUCGAGUGGCUACGCGGACGUGCCCAACCCAAUGUUCUUCAUGCCGAACACGAAGAUGCUGUUCGGGGAUGCGAAGGAUAGUUGUGAAGCGAUCAAACGAGGCCUGGAAGGCAAGGGACAGUAGUUGCCGAAGUUGAUACCAGCUGUAUAUUACUAACGAAAAUCGAUUAUGGACUUUCUCCCCAGGUG